UAAUCUCUAAGUUAUAAAAUGGCUUAUUUAACGAACUAUUCGAAAAGCGAUUUACACAAAUUAGUGGCUAUCGCUCCAGCACCGGAAAGAAAACAUAUGAGUUUGGAAAACGAAACCUAUACGAGGUAUAAUUACAAAAGUGCGAGCGUCGGAGCGCAAGCGGCGUCGAUCGCGAGAAGAAACGCUCGCGAACGGAAUCGUGUAAAACAAGUGAAUGAUGGAUUUAAUGCAUUAAGGAAGAGAUUGCCCGCUGCAGUUGUGUCGGCAUUAUCUGGCGGCGCGCGCCGGGGAUCCGGCAAGAAGCUCAGCAAAGUGGACACAUUGCGAAUGGUCGUCGAAUACAUAAAAUAUCUACAAGGGAUUAUCGAGGAAAGCGAUGCAGCUAUGGGCAUUAAGAAAACCGAGACGUUUGUACCAGUUACGUACGAAGAUGAAGGUGUUUUUGGCGACAGAAGUUCACCCUAUUCUGAAUCGGUGCCUUCUCCUGUUAAUUCGGAAUGUUCGUCUGGCAUAUCGUCAGAUUCUCCUAGUAAUGAUUAUUAUAUGCAUUAUCAAAGUAAUGAAGAGACGCGGUAUGCAAAUGAUACCGCAAUGGACGACAGUGAACUACUCGACGCAAUAACUUGGUGGCAACAAAAAUAG